ACUCUCAGGGAAUUUUAAGAGCUGCCUCUUAGUUUCCACCUGCUUUUUGUCCUUCUCCAGUGCCUCAGACCUAGCUGUCUCAUAUAUGUUGUCCACAUUUCAUAAUGCAUGGGAGUUCUGUAGUUAUUGGAAGUGCAAACACUACCUUUUGACUUUUGAACCUAUAAUCGAAUCAUUUGUUCCAAAACCAAACCAUUAAAACACGACAAGAGGACAAAAUUAAAUAUUAAGGCUUACUGUGAAGGAGUCGAUUCUUUGACGGUUAAUUAAGCCAGAGAAUUCCUUUUAAGUGACAUCGCACUCACCUGGGCUCCACCCGCACGCCACGCCCCCGCCGUCCUGACCCCGCCCCAUUCACGCUGCACGGCCCUGGUCGCGCCCGUUUCCAUGGCGACGCGGCACUAGGCCGGGCCUGCCCGGCCACCCAGUGAACGCGCAGCGGCAGCAGCUACGGAGAUAUGAGUUUGGCAGGGGUGGUGGCCGGGCAGCGGCCCCCCAGCUCGGGGAUCCCGAGCUCCUGGGGGACGUCGCGUCCGCGCCAACGCCAGCCCCCAGGCCUCCAACACCCGGGGCAACACAACGCGCAAGUCGGGCUCAGCGAGGCGCAGAAGCGGGUACUGGACCUGGAGAAGAGCCUGCAGUUCCUGCAGCAGCAGCACUCAGAGACUCUGGUCAAACUUCACGAGGAGAUUGAGCACCUGAAGCGGGAGAACAAGGAGCUCCAUUACAAGCUGAUAAUGAAUCAGAAGCAGCAGAAGAAAGGUAGCAUCUCCAAUUCCAGCUUUCAGUCCAGCAAGCCCACCUCAAAUUCAGCGGUGUCAGCCAACCCUCAAGGCAAGGCCAGGCCGCAGCCCAGCUCAAAGAAGCAAGAGUUGAAAGCUGAGGUUCCCCAGAAGAUGGACCUGGAGGAGAAGAACUCAGUUGCUGCCCUGCUUCACAGCAGCAAGGUGGACAAAGUCGCCGGGACACAGGGGCUGGCCAAAGAUGAAGAAGUGAAGACCUUCAAUCCAGAGGCCACCGUUGCUGCGGGCAGUCAGCACAAGGGCAAGCAGGUGAUGGGGGCACACCCCGUGAUGAGCCUGCCCCCGCAUUUGCGCAAACCCACCUCGAUUCAGCAGUGUGAGGUCAUCAUCCGCCAGCUGUGGAAUGCCAACCUCCUGCAGGCCCAAGAGCUGCAGCAUCUCAAGUCUCUCCUGGAAGGGACCCAGAGGUCAUCCCAGGUGACACCUGAGGAUCCUGGCCCAAAAUCCACGGACCAGGAAGCCUCGCAGCUCCCCAAGGUCCCCACCAAGGGUGUCUCUAAGAAAUGCCUGAUCCUGAGCCCGAUGCCUGGGACGGAGCGCGCCAUCCUGCCCGCACUGAAGCAGACCCUGAAGAAUAACUUUGCCGAACGGCAGAAAAGGCUGCAGGUGGUGCAGAACCGACGGCUGCACCGCUCCAUGCUCUGACUGCCCCUGUGCGGGACCACAGCUGGAGACACCGGCCCUCUCCAGGUAGCGUUCCCAAAGCAUUCUAGUGCCACAUAAACCAAACUGACUGCAGACAAGGUCCUUGGUCUCAGGACUGAGAAACUUUAUUUUCUUGCUCGGUAUUUUGCUAUUCUGCAUUUACACAAAGAAGUGUUAAAAGUAUUACCCCACCUGUAGAAGACGAAAUAAAGCUUGUUUCUCCCA